AUGGCUCGCAAGAAGAAGGCGAUUGACCACAUGGUCAAUCGCAUGAGCAAAGUGCGUCUCGUCGAUGAGCAGGCCGCUUUAGCUGCGCCACCCAAACAGCCGGAGCGCCGUAAAGACUCGGGCAGUAAGGACGAGGAAGAGGUCGAGCGCCAGCCCUUCCGCUUCUUCGAUCUCCCCUACGAGCUGCGAUUGCGCGUGUACGAGGAACUCCUCAUCUUCCCUAAGACCAUCGACCUCGACCCGUCCAACUACUGCACCGUCGCCCCAGCCCUCCGCCUCUUCCUCGCAAGCCAGCGCAUGCACGACGAAGCAGCCCGCGUCUUCUACGGCAGCAACACCUUCCGCGUCUUCCCCAUCCACGGCCGCUACAUCAACCGCAAGCACCCGCUCCUUGCAUGGUUCCCCCGCAAAUACCGCGUCCUCCUCACCCGCCUCGAACUGCGUCUAGGCCCCGGCUUCACGAAACCGCCGAAAUGCUGGGUCGUAGAUAGCCGCCUCGGCCUCGCAGUCGUGAAAAAGGUAUACCUGCUCAAGAUCUUUGUAGAAAUCGAUCCUGCAUCCGAUGCCGUAUUCGAGGGCUUCCGUGUUGGCAAUAAUUUCUACACAGAAUACUGUGUCGGCUUGCUGAGAGGCUUGCUCGCACAGGUCCCCUCGAUCAAUGAUGUAGAGUUUGAUGCGUAUCCCAGUGUGUCCAAGUCGAGUCCGUUGUUGGCGGGCUUGAUCGAGGAGACGAGGCUGAAUCAGAAGCAUAUUGCUUGGGGCCCUGAGAGGGGUUGGGAUAAGAUUGUUGAUGUUGAUUUGGCGAAUGUGAUGCAGAAAAUGGGGCUUUAG